CCGCGGUUCUGGAUCGACGAGCGCGCGUGCAAGAGCUGCUACGAGUGCGACCGGCGAUUCGGGCCCACCGCUCGCAAGCAUCAUUGUCGCGCGUGCGGCAGAGUCUUCUGCGCGAGGUGCUCCUCGAACGCGCUCCCGCCGGAUCGGGACCCGGACGGCGCGCCCGCGCGCGUGUGCGGCGUGUGUUACGAC